CCGCUGCGCAGGAUGAGGAAAUGAAGUGGAGCAAGAGCGUGACUUCACCUCACCCCCUUUAUUGCCUUGCAAAUCUGCCUGUGUCGAAAACACACAGCCCUUUGCCCGGACAUAUCAGCAGAGCGCCGGCCUGGAUCCUCUCCAGACAGCUGAUGGCUGAAGCGAACCCUCAGCCGGCCGACGCGGCCUCCUCCGGCACGUUCGACCAGGUGCAGAGUCAGGUCAAUGAAGUUAAAGUUAUACUGAAGGACAACAUCAACAAGGUGCUGGAGAGGGGCGACAAGAUAGACGACCUCAUCGGGAAGACGGACGACCUCCAAGCAUCUGCCGACUCCUUCCAGAGAACGUCGACGCGGGUCGCCCGGAAGUACUGGUGGAAGAACAUUAAAAUGAUGAUCCUAAUCGGUGCGAUUGUGCUGAUCAUCCUGAUACUCAUAAUCCUUGCUGCCUGCAAGGUCAUUUAACCUUUGACCCCACCCCACACAUCCCCCACCCCGAAGCGGAGGCAAUCGCCACCAGACAACUAAUUUGCACACAUAGAACGUGUUGUUUUAUAUCUCAGAGAUGUGUAUGUAAAUUCUAAUUUAAACAGCGCAUGACAAUCCAUUAAGGUCUCUAUGAUGAUGUGAAAAAAAGAGAUUAAAUAUAAUAAUAAUUAAGUUUGCUGGCAUGAAACCGUGACACUCCAGAUGAACGCAAAAACCAAUUUGAUCCAUGUUCUUCAACGAAACACAGACGAGAGCUUUUGUUUGGUUGUUGUUGGUUUUUUUAUUAUUUUGAUCAUUUUAAUGUCCGAUACAUCACGUGUAUAUAAUGUACGUUUAUGGAUGUCAAACUCUGUAAGAAUAUUUGUAUUAUAUGACUGAUGAACACCAUAAAGUAGGUAAAACUGUGAUCUCGUCUCUUUGCUGCCGCCUCUACAAGCGUCGGUCGGGACGACGUGAAGCAGCGAGAACUUCAAACACAAACCAGGGGAAGAACGAGGACGUGAGAAAACCCCGAAGCGAUCUAAACGAUUCCAAAAAGAAACAAACAAAAAACCAAAAAAAAAAACAAAAAAAGACAC